GCACCUUAAAUUCCGUGAUACGGUUGAUCACAUAACUACCUUACCUUUACAGAGCUUACCCUCUGCUGAUAGCUGGCCUGCCUCCCGUUCAAACGGUUCGCGGCAUCGAGUCCAACAAAGUCAACUUGAACCUACCCGACCGACUGGAUUUACCACAUACCUGGAAGUUCUGGAACAAUGUGUUACCGAUCAAUUUGCAGAAACUGCCACAAGGCCACCUGGGGCGGGUGUGGCAGCCACAUCUCGCAAAUCAUGGACUAUAUCCCCAAAGACCAAUGGUGCAACUGUGAGCCGCAUGUUGAGUGGCACGGAACCUCAUAUCCACGCCAAGGGAACUAUCGAGUCACCGACGAGGCCUUCCAGGAGCACGAUAUCCUUGAUAUGUACCGUGGGAAUGUUGAGUCGUCUGAGUCACACUGAUGAUGUGUUACAUACGAAACGUCCUUCAGGUUGU